AUGCUGUCUUUGCUUCUUUUGUUUCUGUUUCGUUCGUUUUUUUCAUUCGUCCGUAUUUCUUUCACAUUUCUUUCUUUUUUCUUUUUCUUUUUUUGGCUUCUUUCGUCGUUGCUUCGUUCAUUCAUUCUUUUUUUUUUUCAUCGUUUUUAUUUCUUUUUUGUUUUUGUUCGUUGCUUGUUUAAUUUUUCACUUCAUUUUUUUCAUUCUCAUUUGUUAUUGUGUUUUUCUUUGCUUCUUUUUGACUUUUUUGUAUCUUUCGUUCAUUCAUAUUUUUUUCUGUCGUUCUUUUUUGUGUCGCUUUUGCUUCCAUAUUUUUCUUUUUUUUUAUUUGUGCUUUAUUUGAUUCUUUUUGGAUUUUUGCUUUUCAUUCUUCCAUUCGAUGUUUUUUUUUUUCGUUUACUUUGUUCCUUUUUUUAUUUUAUUCGUAAUUUCCUUCUUUUAUGUUUCUUCCUAGGAUUCUUUAUUUUUUUCUUUCUUUCUUUUGCUUCUUCGAAUUGCGCUACUUUCAUUGAAUCUUUUCUUCUCUCUUUGUUUUGCUUUUUGCUUCUUUCUCACGUUCUAUUUUACCUUUAUCUCUCUUUUUUUCUAUCUUUCUUCAAUUUUCAUUCAAUUUUACAUUUUUUUUAUUACUUCUAG